UAGUACCAUACUAGUUCGUUUUUUUUGCCCGCCCCUAAUGAAUUGAUACCCGGUACUAAAAUUUCCACGAAAUUGGGCCGAUUACGUUGCUGGGUCUAACUCUAUAUUGCUAUAUUUGGAUCAAAGCCCAAACUGAUGGUUUCUUUUACUCCAUCCCAUGAGUUCACAGUUCGAUCUUCUCUCUCGACGCUCCUUCUUCUUCGUCUUCUUCCGUAUUACGGAGUAUACAUACAUCCUCAGGGAAUGAAGACCGUGGCCCGUAAUAAAGUAAAGAAGAAGAGUGCUGCGGAUUCAUCCCCAACAAACUUGCAUGAAAAAAUGCCUAAUUGUUUGGCGGCGAAAGGAAAAAUCCUAAAAAAGUCACUGUCCAAUAAGUCUGCCCUGAGGCAAGGAGUCGAAACCAGUUCACAAGUUAAAGACAGAAAGGAGGAGGUGGCUAAUGGGAUCAAAGAUAGCAAAAAUAUAAGUGUCCCUAAAGCUGAUGAUCCCAAUGAGCAGCAUGUAGAUGUAAAAAAUGAAGAGUUGAAAAAAUGGGUCCUAAAGUCCUGUGAGAAGAACACGGAUGAAAGAAGUAAGAAGUUGAAGAAAAAGGACCCACCGCCACCUUCAAACCAUGAUGAUAUAGAGGAGUGGUUCAAAUGUCGAAAUCCGCCUAGUGGUGGAAGUCAAAGACCUAAAAAGCGUUCGAAAACUCAGCAUGGUGACAAGUCUGAGCAGCUCACAGAUGAAAAGAGUAAAGAGUUGAAGAAAGGGGACCUACUGUCUACUGAGGAGAAGAACACAGAUGAAAAGAGUACAGAGCAGAAGAAAAGGGACCAAGGGUCACCUGCAGACCAUGGUGGAACAACAAAAGUUGAAGGCAAAAAAGAUUUUGUAGACUGGUGGAUCAAAGAUGGAGAUCAGACUAGCGGUGGAAGUGAAAUACCAAACAAGCAUCUAAACGCUCAACAUGGGAACAAAUCUGAGCAGCAUGCAAAUGAAAAGAGCAAGGAGUUGAAGAAAAAAGAUACACAGUCCCUUGAGAGCAAUGAAUGUGGAGGGAUGAUUUUUAUGUGUAACACAAAAACUAAACCUGAUUGUUUCCACUACCAUGUAAUGGGUGUUCCAAGGAACAAGCAAGAAGUUGUGAUGAACAUCAAGCCAGGCCUCACGCUAUUCCUCUACGAUUUUGACCUUAGGCUGUUGUAUGGAGUAUUUGAAGCAUCAUCUGAGGGUGGCAUGAAACUUGAACCAGAAGCCUUUGGUGGAGCAUUUCCCGGCCAGGUCAGAUUCGUAGUUAAGGAGGAUUGCAUCCCCCUACCUGAAAACGUGUUUAAAAAAGCAAUAAAGGAAAAUUAUGACGAGAGGACACGCAAGUUCAAGACUGAGUUGUCAGUUUCACAAGUAAAGCAGUUGACGAAACUGUUUAGGCCCAUGCCCUGGUUACACCCAACAUCAAAAUCUUCUUUUCCCGAACCUGUCCAAGUGCCUGCUCAAGUAUAUGGGCUCAAGGGUUAUCAGGAACUCGCCACUAAAGUACAGCAUCCUUCUAUAGGAAUGAAUGGUUCCCCAAUGACUUCCACCCCCAAUAUUGGGGCACAAGACUAUGCUGCCUCCUACAGAUGUAAUCCCUACAACGACAGCACCACAUCACUUGUCAAUCGGUACCUACCCUUGCCAAGGGCACUGCCAGAUCCCAUGGAACCUUAUUCUCUCAUGGCUACAGAUUCUUCUGUGACCGAGGCUAACUACUCUGGAAGAGUAACGGAAAGAGAGAAUCUGCACUCACCAUACGGUAACUAUUUACAAGGGACGGGCCUGAAUCACAUAGGCAAGUGAUCUAAAGUUACUGUUGUGAAGCAAAUCGGUGUAUCUUUGAGGUGCAGUUCUCAAGAGGUUGAAAUCAACUGGAAGGGUAAGUGGCUAUUUGAAGACAUAUGUGUUUUUAAGUAUGUGGAAAUUUGUAGCUUAUCUCAGAGCUUUUAGUAUUUUAUUAGCCACUGUAUGGGGAACUGUUACAUUUGUAAUAUGUGUAGUUGCAUCAGAUUUGGCUUCAUCUUGAAAUGCCAUAAGACUGGUUUAUUAUUUAUUUCAGGAAUAUUGUUGAUAUGGAGUAGUAAAUACAUACUCCCUAGACAGAAUAUGGAAAUUUGGUUGAUUUGGUGGGAAUUUCUCAAGUGUCACAAGGAUCACUCAAUUAACACUCUCCCCCAAAAUUAAAGUUACCUUUUUACC